AUGCUCUUCCAAAUACUCGUCCCAAUCUCAAUCACGCUCGCCGUUUACGUCGUUCUCCAUGCGGCACAUCUUGCAUAUCGGACUCUAUCCUCGCCGUUGCGCAACCUCCUGUCUGGGCCGCCCAUGACCAGUGUCAUCUUUGGGAACUUUAUGGAGAUGGCUGACAAUUUGAGCCGGCCCAGUGCAUGGCGGAAAGAGUAUGGACCCACCUUCAUGUACCAUGGGUUAUUCGGGGUUCCGGAGCUGCAUACAUCCGAUCUCAAAGCGUUGAACCACAUGAUGGCCCACCCCCAGAUAUACCAACGAGCUGAUACCGAACGCGAUAUGUCGCGGCGCCUAAUGGGCGAAGGCAUAUUGUACGCAGAAACUGAUCAGCAUCGGCGCCACCGACGCGUUUUGAAUCCCGCCUUCGGCGUUGCCCAGAUCAAGUUGAUGACUGAAAUAUUCAUAGAGAAAGCCCUGCACUUGCGCGAUGUAUGGGCCAGAGAAAUCGAGCGUCAAUCCAGUGACGAAGGCGAACACGGGACUAUCGAAGUCCUUUCCGGUCUUCGUAAAGUCACCUUGGACAUUAUCGGUCGCGCAGGCUUCGGCUAUGAGUUUAACGCUCUGGAAGGCAAAACCAACGAGCUUAAUCAGGCACUCACCGAUCUUUUCCAUUCACCUCAGGCCAACUUCUACGGAGCAAUCCGGCUUAUCCAGAGUUUUAUUCCGAUUUUGAAGCUUGUCCCACUCCCGGGCACACGCGUUCUGCAUAUCGCACGUACCCGGAUGGACGAUAUUGGGAGCCAUAUCGUCGAAGACAGCAAGGCGGCGCUGAUCGCGGACAAGACUAUUCCAGACGAUAAGGGCAAUAUGCUGAAGGGACGGCGUGAUCUUCUAUCUGUGCUCCUGAAGGCAAAUAUGUCGGAUGGGUUACCCGAGAGCCAGAAGCUGGCUGAUGACGAGGUUCUUUCACAAAUUCCUGCAUUCUUCCUUGCGGGUCAUGAGACAACAAGCGCAGCGACAUCCUGGGCCCUCCACGCUCUCUCGGUGAACAAGGCAGUUCAAGACCGACUCCGCGAAGAACUCCUCUCCGUCGGGACGGACAAUCCGACGUUGGAUGAGUUAAACGCGCUUCCGUUGUUGGAGAAGGUGAUCCGUGAGACGAUGCGCUUGCACGCGCCAGUCACGCAUAUACUCCGCAAGUCCAUGAUAGACGAUAUCCUGCCAUUGAGCAAGCCCAUCGUCGAUCACACUGGGAAAGAGCACUGGAGUUUGCCGAUCGCAAAAGGUCAAAUGCUCCAUCUUCCCCUUUGGGCGGUCAAUACGUCAACCGAAACAUGGGGCGAGGAUGCGUUGGAAUUUAAACCCGACCGCUGGGACCACAUCCCCGAGGCCGCGAGCGCCGUACCGGGUGUCUGGGCGAACCUGUUCACCUUCUUCGCCGGACCACACAAUUGCAUCGGUUUCCGGUUUUCGUUGGCGGAAUUGAAGGCCAUUCUCUUUACCUUGCUUCGCGCAUUUGAGUUUAGCCCGGCAGUCCCUGAGGGCGAGAUUGGGCCUCUGGUAGCCGGAGUUCUGCAACACCCGGGAUUGUUGACCAACAAGGAGCAGGGAUCGGGACUUCCACUGGUUUUGACACCUGUGAAGUCGGCUGCCUAA